UUUAUAUUAUUGGAUUCAUAGUACCUGUAUAAGUAAUUAAAUGGUACCGAAAAGUUUAAUAUUGGGAGGAGCGGAGCGUUCCGUUCCGUGUUGCGGUGGUCAGUGUGAUGAGCGUGUGGCCGGUGGAGGAGGCAGAUGUGUUGUCAUAUAAGAGUGCGAAAAUAAAACCUUCAAGAUGCCUCUAUUUUGCCGAUACUACGCACAGAAGUAUCCCGAGGUGGAUGAUGUAGUAAUGGUAACUGUUAGAAGCAUAGCUGAGAUGGGGGCCUAUGUUCAUUUGCUUGAGUACAACAACAUAGAGGGUAUGAUCCUCUUGUCAGAGCUCUCUCGACGACGAAUCCGAUCCAUGAAUAAAUUGAUCAGGGUGGGCAAGACGGAACCAGUUGUAGUCAUCAGAGUGGACAAGGAGAAAGGUUAUAUUGAUCUUUCCAAAAGAAGAGUUUCUAAAGAAGAUGUGGAAAGGUGUACAGAGAAAUUUGCAAAAGCGAAAGCAGUUAAUUCCAUCAUCCGACAUGUAGGAGAACUCCUUGGAUAUACAACUGAAGAACAAGUUGAAGAGCUUUAUCGCACAACAGCCUGGCACUUCGAAGGAAAAUAUAAGAAGCAGGCCUGUGCCUAUGAUGUCUUCAAGCAGGCAGUUAUAGAUCCCACAAUUUUAGAGGAAUGUAAUUUGGAUGAAGAAACCAGGAAUGUUCUCCUAUCACAAAUUCAACGAAAACUUCAGUCACAAGCGGUCAAAAUUCGUGCAGACAUUGAAGUUUCAUGCUUUGAGUAUGAAGGAAUUGAUGCUGUUAAGAGUGCAUUACGUGGAGGCAUUGCACAGUCAACAGAGGAAAUCCCCAUAAGAAUAAACCUCAUUGCUCCUCCACUGUAUGUGAUGACGACACAAACUACAGAGAAGCAGGAUGGGUUGCGAGCUUUAGAAGGUGCUAUUGAAGAAGUUACUUCAAAGAUCACUAGCUUUGGUGGAACACUCACUGUUAAGAUGGCUCCAAAGAUUGUAACAGACGUUGAGGAAGCUGAUCUAGCAAGACAACUAGAAAAGGCAGAGGAAGAAAAUAGGGAAGUAGCUGGUGAUGAUGACGAGGAAGAGGAGGAAAUUGGUAUGGGUGGCAUUGAUAUAGAUAGUGAAGGUGAGGAGAAGAAGGAAGAUGAAGGUGCAGAUGCAGAUGAAGAGUAAUUAAUUUUGGAAAGUAGGAUGAUAAUUAAUUUAGCAAAUUUUGAAAUAAAAAAUCUUAAUCUGAAGUUCAUUUCAAUAAAAUUUAUCGCUACCUAUCUAAACUUUCUUUGAAGACCUUUGUGUGUGUGCGUGAAAUAUUUUAAACUUAAAAUUAAUGAAAGGAAUUUUUUGUUUAACUAUGCUGUUACCAUCCAUCAGUAGUUAGUUACAACAGUUCAGCAUUCUUUUUAACUUUCCCUGCCUAGUGCCGCAUAUUCCAUCAUAAAACCAAAAUACGGAGUAUGCAGGAUGACGCAAACGGCGGCAUGCAAAACAAUUGUGCAAUGGCUUAAUUAUCAAUAUUGUGGGUGAAUGGGUUUAACAUUGGGUUGCGUGCUCACCGGGAAUGCUCAGUUUACCUUUAGUGUGAUUUGGGUGCCCCGCCGGCCCUGCGGUGGGGCACCCAAACAUUUUUUAAAUUAAAAAAAAAUUUAAACAUUUUUAAUUUUGAAACAUGAAAAAGCUACUAGGAUGUUUUGUGAACCUUAACAAAAUGCAAAAUUCCAUACUAUGAAGUAGAUAAAUUUGUGGGGUAUGAUUUCAUGAGUUGAAGCAUCAUGCAACCAUUUGCUAUAUACCAAACUGUUCACCUUUGGUUCUACUUUGAAAUUGUCUGACAGUUUCAAAUGUGCUCUCUUCUUUUCUUUUCAUUUUCUUGCGAAUUAGCACCAGUUUUGGUGAUGUGUUCCUGACUUAGUGGUGGUGGUGGUGGUCCAUCACAGAGCCUAUUUUGUACUUUUCAAUUAAGGAAAAUAUAUUAAAUGAAUUUAAAAA